ACAUUUGUCAUUUCCCUAUAUUGAUCGGUGUGUAAGUUGAGCGCGCCAUUCUUGCACAUAGUGUAUGUCACGUGGAAAGCGCGCUUAAUUACAUAAUACCGACGUUGAAGAAAUACAUUGUGCCACACCCCCUUCUUUUAUUUAAUUUUUAGCAUUUUCCCAUAGCUUCUAAAAUUAUUUUUAACUUAAGUUUUAUAUCAUUGACGGUUAUGUACUCAAUUGAUUGGCGAAGCAAUGAAUAACAUUAAUUACAUGUCAUUUUAAUAGACUAAUAGCGUCGAAAAUGAAGCAGAUACAGUAAAACAUUUAUAUUAGAAUAACAGCAGAAUGACAGAAUAUUGGUUGAUAUCUGCACCAGGAGAUAAAACAUGUCAGCAAACAUGGGAAACCAUGAACGAUUUAACAUCAAAACAACAUUCUUUAUCAGUCAAUUACAAAUUUCACAUCCCGGAUCUAAAAGUCGGAACACUAGACCAGCUGGUUGGUCUUUCGGAUGAUUUAGGAAAACUUGAUACCUAUGUGGAACAAGUGACACGCAAAGUGGCAACAUAUCUGGGAGAAGUUCUAGAAGAUCAAAGGGACAAGCUCCAUGAAAAUCUUUUGGCUAACAAUAGUGAUCUACCAUCUUAUAUAACUCGAUUCCAGUGGGAUAUGGCAAAAUAUCCUAUUAAACAAUCAUUGAGAAACAUUGCUGAUAUAAUCAGCAAACAAGUUGGUCAAAUUGAUGCUGACCUUAAAACUAAAUCUACGACUUAUAACAAUCUAAAAGGCAGUUUACAAAAUCUUGAAAAGAAACAAACGGGAAGCUUAUUAACAAGAAAUUUGGCAGAUUUGGUGAAAAAAGAACAUUUCAUCUUGGAUAGCGAAUACUUAACUACUUUACUUGUCAUUGUGCCAAAAGCAAAUUUCCAUGAUUGGUACAGUGGAUAUGAAAAAUUAACAAAUAUGAUUGUACCACGUAGUACCCAGCUUAUUACACAAGAUGCUGAUUAUGGAUUAUUUACUGUUACUUUAUUCAAGAAAGUCAUUGAUGAAUUUAAAUUACAUGCUCGCGAGAAAAAAUUUAUUGUUCGUGAUUUUACAUAUAAUGAAGAAGAAUUAGCAGCAGGCAAAAAUGAGAUAACAAAAUUGGUAACCGACAAAAAGAAACAAUUUGGACCACUUGUACGUUGGUUGAAAGUUAAUUUCAGUGAAUGUUUUUGUGCAUGGAUUCAUGUGAAAGCUUUACGCGUAUUUGUAGAGUCCGUCUUGAGGUACGGCUUACCUGUAAAUUUUCAAGCAAUUCUAUUGCAUCCUCAUAAAAAAUGCGCAAGGCGAUUACGUGACGUUCUUAAUCAGCUUUACGCUCAUCUAGAUUCUUCUGCUACAUCUUCUACUCAAGGAAAUCAAGAUAGUGUGGAUAUACCAGGAUUAGGUUUCGGUCAAAAUGACUAUUUUCCUUAUGUGUAUUAUAAAAUCAACGUAGAUAUGGUCGACAAUAAGGUUUAAUCGGCAAAGAUGAAUUUAUUUCCCUAUAUUUUAAAUUUCUUCUCAUUUAAGUAUACAUACUUCUGUAACUCCAGGUACUUAAUGAAGGUGCGUACACAAUAACAUUGUUGUUUCUAUGAAGUAUAUUCUGCAUUUUUUUUUCUUUGUUAUUGUUUUAAUUUUUAUUCUCAAUUUUAAACGUAAUUAUCAUCGGUUCACUUCCAGGAGUAAAUAAAAAAUAUUUAUCAAAAAAAUGAUAUUUUUAUAGUGCAUCAAAAUGCCUGGAGAGAUGUAUGUAAUUUGAUAUUAGCUCAAUACAAACUGUGCAUAAUAGAUUGUACAAUCAUUUGUAUAAAUUCUAAAAAACAUGUUUGAAUGUAUAUUGAAAAUUUUAAUUUCUUUUUGAGCAGGCUACGUUUAAUUGAACAAAAAUAUUAGUACAAAUGAAAUUCAUAAUACGAUUGUUACAUCGGCUUUCUGUGUUAACAAAAUUGAAAAUAUCGAAAUUAUUAUUAUAAUUGUAAUAAGCAUGUAUUCCUUGCAAUGCGUAUAUGCAUUAAUUUAUUAAAAUUUUUGUUAAAUAUAGCACAACUUAUUUUACAUAAUACUAUAUUAAGAAAAGAAGUAAAUACCGUAUCAGAAUAAAAAUUCUGCGAUAUAAAACUGUAUUAUUUUAUGUAUUAUCUAUAAAGUUAAGAGAAUUGUGAAUAUUGAAAGGAAAAGUUCAUCUUGUUAUGAAAACAUGCAUCAUAAUGUGGAUCAAAAUGCUUUUACUAUGUUCAUCGAAACAAUCUUCAUAUUGCAUAUAUUAUAAACCAUACAACAAAAUAAGUGUUAUCUAAAUGUUGAAAGACGUAGGUUCCUUUUAUAAAACAUUAGAAACUGAUGUUUUAACAAUCGAGAGAAUACAGAUAUAUGCUAAUGUAUCAGUGUUACUAACUAGAAGUUAUAAAAUUGCAAAACAUUAGUUAAACGUUGAAGUAUUACUAUUAACAUUAUAUUUCAAGUUCGGAUAGUGUAUAAAUUAAAUUAUAAUAAAUUUAAACAAAGUAUUAUUGAUUUGAAGGCUGCACAAAAAUAAACAAUAACAGUAACAAAUCACCGCAACACAUUUCGAGUGAUCGAACAGAUUGUAUUAUAAAUGCCUUAUGUAUAGAAAAUAUACUAUAUGCAAUAUUAUUUUCAAUAUUGCUUGUAUCUAAUUCUCUUCAAAGUAAUAUUUUCGUUACAUGAGCAUAAAAAGAAACGUAUGUUUAAAUACUAUAAUCUGUAUAUAUAUUUUAAAAGCAAAAUGGGUUACAGGUAUGGUAAUACUGUUUUUAAUUUGUGCAACAUAUUUUAAUCCAUUAAAAAUAACCUACAUAGUUUAUAAAUCUUGUUUCAAUAAUGAGUUCGUGUUAUAAAACACACUUGUAUUCCAAAUGUAAAUUAUUAUAUAUUGUUGACGAUAUAAAUGUUAAUAAAAAGAAGAAGAAAAUCUGAUCGUCAUCGAUUAAAUUUUAUUAAAAAAGGAGACGGAAACAGGAAAGAGAAUAAAACAGUUGCCUAUGCGUUCUGCGUUGAAAAUAUUCCAUGUAUUAAAACUGUUAUAUGUAUCAUAAUAAUAAUUUUUAAAAUGUA